GGUCUCUGCUGUUCCUUUGGAUUCAUCAGUUGUGUUGAGAGGGAGAGCUUGCACGUGGGCAACAGCUUGCUCUCCAUAUCGUACUGCCCUGGCUUGCAAAUUGACUUAGUAUCAAUUACAUAGACAGCUAGGACAAAACAUCCAUGGUCAACCCCGAACAACGAAGAUACAGUAAAAACCUGGCCUUGAAUGCUGUUCAUACAGAUCAAUUCAUUUCAUGGUGCAUUAAGGUAGAACAGUAACAGAAUGUAGAAUACAAAGUGAAACCGCUACAGAGAAAGUGCAGUGCAGGUAGACAAUAAGGUUCAGUAUAUAAGUGUGAGGUAUAUCUUAUACAAGAAGUCUGUUCAAGAAUCUGAUAAUAAUGGAACAGAAGCUGUCCUUAAGCCUGGUGGCACGUGCUUUCAGGAUUUUGUAUUUUCUUCCCAAUGGGAGGAAGGAGCAUACAGAAUAUCUGGGGUGGCUGGAGUCUGGCUGCUUUACUGAGGCUGCGAGAAGUGUAUAUAUGGAAUGCAUGGAAUCGUGAGAAUUCUGCGGUGCAGAAGGUGGUCAAUUGUCCAUUAAGCAUAGAAUGGGAGAAUAGGUAAAGAGGUGGCAGGUGGAAUAUAGUGUAGGAAAGUGUAUGGUUAUGCACUUUGAAAGAAGGAAUAAAGGCACACACUAAACAGGGAGUAAAUUUACAAAUCGGAAGUGCAAAGGGACUUGAGAAUCCUAAUGCAGGCUUCCCUAAGAGUUAAUUUGCAGUUUGAAUUUGUAAUAAGAAAGUUAAAUGUGUUGUUAGCAUUCAUUUCAGGAGGGCUACAAUAUAAAAAGCAAGGAUAUAAUGCUGACAUUUUCUCAGGCAUUGGUCAGACCACAUUUGGAGUAUUGUGAAUAGUUCUGGCCCCAUAUUGAAGAAAAGGCAUGCAGGUAUUGGAGAGGGUGAAGAGGAGGUUUACAGGAAUGAUCCUGGGAAUGAAAGGGUUAAUGUAUGAGGACUAUCUGAUAGCUCUGUGCUUGUAAUUGCUGGAGUUUAGAAAAAUGGGGGGUGAUUUUAUUGAACCCUACCUAAUAUUGAAAGGCCUUUGGACGUGCAGAGGAUGUUUCCAAAAGUGGGAGAAUCUAGGAACUGAGAGCACAGCCUCAGAGUAGAGGAAUGUCCCUUUAUAACAGAGCUAUGUGAACUGAUGAAUUGUUCUGAGAGGCUGGUGUUGAAGCAUAUUAACUCCUGUCUGAAUGCUGACUUGGAUCUGCUCCAAUUUGCCUACCAAAGCAACAGGUCUACAGCAGAUGCCAUCUCGUUCACUCUUCACACAACCCUGGAACAUCUGGACAGCAUAGAUGCAUACAUCAGGAAGCUCUUUAUCGACUACAGCUUGGCAUUUAAUACUAUCAUCCCCUCAAAACUAAUCAGUAAACUCCAAGACCUGGGCCUCAAAACACCCCUGUGUAAUUGGAUCCUGGAUUUCCUCACUUGUAGACCCCAGUCAGUUCAGAUUGGCAACAACAUCUCCAUCAGCACAGGAGCACCACAGGGUUGUGUACUUACCCCCCUGCACUACUCGCUUUAUACCUAUGACUGUGACUAAGUACAGCUCCAACACUAUAGACAAGUUUGCUGACAACACCAUUGCUGUGCUCUGUAUUAAAGGGGAUGAUGAAUCAGCAUACAUAAGGGAGAAUGAAAACUUGGUUGAGUGGUGUCAUAACAACAACCUGUCACUCAAUCUCAAUAAGACUAAGGAACUGAUUGUAGACUUCAGGAGAGGGAAACCAGAGGUCCAUGAGCCGGUAAUCAUCAGAGGUUCAGAGGUAGAGAGGGUCAGUAACUUUAAAUUCCUGGGUGUCACUAUCUCAGAGGACCUGUCCUGGAUCCAUCAUAUAAAUACUAUUGCGAAGAAAGCACGACAGUGUCUCUACUUCCUCAGGAGUCUGCAGAGAUUCGGCAUGUCAUCAAAAACUUCAGCAAACUUCUUGAGAUCUGUGGUGAUUAAUGAGAAUCUCUCGGCUGGCCAUGGGCUGUUGGUUGAACUGCUUAUCACAUUCCAGCUACUGUUUACCAUCUUUGCCACGUGUGACUCUAAACGUGGUGAUCUGAAGGGCUCAUCAGCACUGGCAAUUGGUCUCUCCGUCACCAUUGGACACAUGUUUGCUAUUAACUACACUGGUGCCAGUAUGAAUCCUGCACGAUCGUUUGGACCUGCAGUUAUUACUGGGAAAUGGGAAAACCAAUGGGUUUACUGGGUUGGUCCAACAAUAGGUGGAAUCAGUGCUGCUGCCCUCUACGAGUAUCUAUUCUGUCCAGAUGAGGAACUGAAGAGACGUUUUAAAGAUAUCUUCAAAUCUACACCAGCUCCUGGGGCUAAGUAUUUGGAUGUUUUGGAUAGCAGGAGCCAAGCCAUUGACUACGAGGAUCUGGCUGUUAAACCUGGAGGCUCUCAGUUUGAGGGUGAAGGUAAAAGCAAAGAGAAAGAAGAUAAGGCUGAAGAACGUUUGACACCCGUAUGACUAGCAAAGGGCACAAGGAAGCAGGAGAUGACUUGUGAAACCUUGGCUGACCAUGUUGUUCCUGUAAAAGAAACUGAUCUUUUAUAAACACACAGCACUCAUUGACAACUAGAACAAGAUUUACUUCACGGUGCAGACAAUUUUAGUGAAAUGCUUAAGGGGUUCAAGUGGCACAAAAUGAUAUCUGAUUUCUUUUCAAACUCAAUUCCAGUGUUGCUGACAGAAGUUUAAAGUAAUGGAAAAGAAUUAUGUGUUGUCUUGAUGAAAGGGAUUUUAGUCCGCUGGUAGAAACAUUGCCUCACAGCUUACGGCCUCCCGUGCCGUCAAUUCAAUCCUGACCUCCAGUGCUGUCUGUGUGGAGUUUGCAUGUCCUCCCUGUGAUGUGUUUUUCAUGGGUGCUCCCAUUUCCUUCCAAUAAUGUGCAGGUUGGUUGGUUAAAUGGCCAAUGUAAUUUGCCCCCAGUAUGUAGGUGAGGGGUAGAAUCUGGGGAGAGUUGAUGGGAUCGAGGGAAAAUAAAAUAGGACUGAUGUAGGUUGAGUGUAAAUGGGUAGCUCACGAUCAAUAUGAACUCGAUGGAAUGAAUGGCCUAUUUCUGUACUGUGUCACUAAGAGUUCAUCAGUCCAUUGGCAGUAGUUCCACGAGUAACACAACCCUAACCAAAACUAGAAGAUGCAGGAAAUAGUCAACAAGUCUCUGAUCUUCUCUCAGAACUGUUGUCUCCAGAGAUGCUGCCUGACCUGUAGAAUGAUUGGUAAUUGUGAUACAGUGAAAAACUUUGUUUAUAGCAUUGCCAUUCAAAUAGAUGUAUUUCAAGAUAGUACAGAAAAAAAGCAAUAAUAUGCAGAAUGACAUGUUAAAGUUACAGAGAAAAUACAGUGCAGGUGACAAUAAGGUGCAAGGGCCGUGAUGAGGUGGAUUGAGAGAUUAAGUUUACCUUUAUCGUACAUUCAGGAGUCUUAUAAUAACGGAAUAAAAGCUAUCCUUGAGCCAAGUGGUACAAAUAUCUUCUGCCUGAAGGGAGGGCAGAGAGGAGGGAAUGAAGGGGUGGGAGUGGUAUUUGAUGAUAUUGGCUGCUUUCCUGAGGCAACAGUCAAUGGAGGUGAAGCUGAUGCUCAUGAGACUGGAAAUGCUCUGCAAUUUCUUGCAGUCUCGGGCAGAGCAGUUGCUGUACUGAUAUGACGCUGUCUAUAAAAUUGAUGCAGGUGUCUGUGGACAAGCUAAAGUUCUGAGAUUUACUAAUUUACCAAUCUAAUUCCUAGUCUGAGAGGAUUGUCUUAUCAUCCCAGGAAUUAGAGGAUGGACAGUCUUGCUCUGUAUUCCAGGGAAUUUAGAUGAAUGCCUGGAGAAACUUAUUCAACUGUGAUAGAUCCUAGAGGGAUUUUGUCAGGGUAGAUAUUGAAGUGUUUUCACUAGUGGGAGAUUGUGAAGACAAAGCUACCAGAUAAGAGGAUGGUCAUUUAAAACCAAAAUGAGUAGAACUUUCUCUCUCAAAGGGUAAAAAAAAGGCUUAAAAUUCUCUGCCCUGAGGAGACAUAAAUAUUUUAAAGAUCAAUGAUGAAAGGAAUUUGCACAGAAAAGGUUGGUGUAGAUCAGGCAUUGCUGUGCAGGGUAAAGGCACUAAGUGGCCUGCUUCUGUUCCUAUUUAUUGUGUUCUCCCGUGUCCUGGUUUUUCACCAUUGGGAACAGUUUUCCUUGAUUCAAUCUGAUUUUAACUGUUUGGUGGCAGCAGUACAAAGCAAAGCAUAAAAAGUUACUGUGAGUUGCAAUAUAAAAAAUAAAUAGUGCUGAAGGGAAAUAGCCAAGUCAAGUUCAUGGACUGUUCAGAAGGCUGAUGGCAGGAGGGGAAGAAACUCUCCCUGACUCAUUGGCAGUGGGUCUUCACACUCCUGUACCUCCUCCCCGAUGGUAGUAAUGAGAAGAGGGCAUGUCCCAAAUGGUGAGGAUCUAAAUGAUAGAUGUAGUCCUUCCUGUAUCUGUAACCUUAAUCUUUCUGUCAUUCUCUAAAACUCUACCUUUUCAAGAUCCCUGAGCUUUGGAUUUGCUCUUAAAACAAGGCACAGAUUGAAUGAUCUCAUGGAGGACGGGGGAUUUCUCUCAGGACGGGGAAGUAGAUACUCAAACUCAGUUUCCCAUGGUAGUAGUAUCAGAACUGUGAGUGAAAGGAAGGGGGUUUAAAGGGGAUCGGGGGGUAAGUUUUAUAAGCAGACAGUGAUGGUGUUUGCAGCGCACACUCGGAGAAGGUGAUGAAAUCAGAUUCAAUCACAACAUUUAAGAGGCUUUUAUUCAGGCACUUAAUUAGGCAAGGCAUGACAGGAUAUAGUCCUGAAGCAGACCAAUGGGAUUAGUGUAGAUGGGGAAAAGGUCAGCAAGGAUGCAAUGGGCUGAAGGGCCUGUUUCUCUGCUGUGCCAUCCCUGGACUUCCAAUGUUCUGGUAGAUUCCCUAAGUUUGAGCUGACCAUUAUUAGGUUGCAUAUAACAAACCUGGGAGAGAGUACAUUAGCCAACUGGACCUGCUGCUCUCAUUUUCAGUGACCCGAGUUCAAUCCUAGGGAAGUGCUGACUGUGCUCACUUUCGCUGUGAGUAGGCGGCGUUCCACUGGGUGCCCGGGGUUCAUUGCUGGGUGGGUCAGAUUACAUUUAGGGCAGCUGGAUUGCAGAAGAAUGUGGGAGACGGGGAAUGAAGCAGAUGGGAUUGCUCUGGUAGGCACCAUAAAUUCAGUAGGCUAAAUGGCUUCUUUGUACAUUGUAAGAAAAUUACAUUAAAACAAAUCAGCAGAGGUUUUUGUGAGGACUAUUCAGUAACUCCUCUUCAAGCGUGUGAGAGAGCUAUUCUGAGUAUCAUUGCAAGGCUUGGAAACAACAAAAUGGAUAAACCAGGAGGAGGCAUUGGCUUCAUGAACUGGCCUGGUGUAAGACCAGCAAGAAAUAUGAAAAAAAGGAUCAACUUACAUUUCCAUAGUGCCUUUUCCAACCUCUGGGCAACUGAAUUUGCUUCACAGUGAGAGGACAUACACCUCACAUGCAAGUCUGUUGUGGCCAUCUACUGCAUACAGUUCUCCAGGUGUAGUCUCCUCCGUGUCAGUGAGACGAUGCAGAGUGAAGUCCGUUUUAACAAGCACCUUUGUUCUGACUGCUGCAAUGCAGGCUCUUCCUGUGGCCAGACAUUUCAAUUCAACAUUCCAUUCCCAUUCUGACAUGUCUGUCGAUGGGCUCCUCUAAUGCCAAGGUGAGGGCAAACUCAGGUUGGAGGAGCAACACCUCAUAUUCUGUCUGGGUAGCCUCUAACCUGAUGGCAUAAAAUCAAUUUUUCCAACUUCUGGUAAGUCCCCACCCAUCCUUCUUUUCCUUUCCCCAUUCCAGUUCCCCUGUUCCCCUUCUUUUCUCUUCUCCCAACCAUCAUCUUCCUCUGUUUCCCCUCCUGCUUCCCCUUCUUCCAUUGGCCACUGUCCUCUUCUACUAAACUCCUUCUUCCUCAGCCCUUUACCUCUUCCACAUAUCCCUCUCACUUCUUACUUCACUCCCUCCACUGGUCCCACCUAUCACCGGCCAGCUUGUACUCCUUUCUCUCCCCCUAUCUCCUUGUUCUAGUUUCUGGCCCCUUCCUUUCUAGUCCUGUCGAAGGGUCUAGCCAGAAUGAUGACUGUUUAUUCCCCUCCAUUGAUGCUGCCUGACUUGUUGAGUUCCUCCAGUAUUUUGUGUGUGUUGCUCAAGAUUUCCAGCAUCUGCAGAAUCUCUUGUGUUUCUGAAUUGUGUUCAUGUUUUUGCAGGAAAUGUGGCAGCAACGAUUUAUACAUAAUAAGAUCCCACAAACAUCAUUAUGUUCAUGGCCAGGCUUUGAUGUAAUUGGUAAUGAAAUUGGUUUAUUAUUGUCACAUGUACCAAGAUACAGUGAAAAGCUUGUUUUACUGUUUAUACGGCUUAAAUCAUUACACGGGCUUUGAGCUAGAAUAAUGGAAAACAAUAACAAUGCAGAAAACCUAAUCAAUGUUACUGAAAAAGUAUGGUGCAGGUAAAAUGCAUGGUCAUUUUUAAGGUAGAUUGUGAGACCGAGAGCCCAUCUUAUCGUACAAGAGAUCCUUUUAAGUUUGAUGACAGUGGGAUAGAAGCUGUCCUUGAACUAACAUAGACUGAGGGAUGAAUGUUGGUUGGGGCAUGGGCUAUCUGUCUCUUACAAUGGGAUCUCUAGUCCCCAUCAAGAGGGAGGGUGAUACUGAGCCACUGAAGCAACUUAAUGAAAAGUGACAAGUUUUGGUCAAAGGAUGUGGAUGAGAGAACAGCAGAUCAAGCAUUAAAUGUUGUAUAAAGCAUUCCUAGCUCUCUGAGGCUUUGCUUCAAUGGAUGGGAACAAUGCGACUGAAAGAUGUUGGCACAGACCUCUGUGCUCAAACCUCUGAUGGAUCUGGGUGUAAUAGACUGUAAAAUUCCUAUGAUAAUGACUAGAGCUUAGUAGUCAUAGGCUAAGAUCAACACUGUGGCCUUUAACAAGUGCUAUGCAACGGAGGGGCAGUGGACAUGGUCCUGGAGUGUGGACGGAGAGGUGGGAGAACUGCUCAUAACCUGAAUAGUCCCCUCACAUAAUAAGAUGGAGUUGGUGCGUGGUCGAGUGGUUAAGGUGUUGGACUAGCAAUCUGAAGGUUGUGAGUUCGAGCCCCAGCCGAGGCAGCAUGUUGUGUCCUUGAGCAAGGCACUGAACCACACACUGCUCCAGUCCACCCAGCUGAAAAUGGGUACUGGCAAAAUACUGGGGGUUAACCUUGGACUGGCAUCCUAUCUGGGGGCAGGUGGGGGGGGGGGGGGGGGGGGGAAGUCUCAUACUCUCAGUCACUUCACGCCACAGAAACCGGCAUAAGCACUGGCCUGAUGAACCUAUAAGGCUCGGGACAGACUUUAACUUUAACAAUAAGAUAGACUUGGCCCUCACCAUCUCCUUCAUCACAGCUUUGCACCUUAUUGUUUGGCUGCACUGCACUUUCCCUGUAACUUAACACUAUUUAUAGAUUUAAACUUAUUUAUUUUGAGAUACAGUGCGAAACAGACCCUCCCGGUCCUUCAAGCCACACUGCCCAGCAACCCCCUCAAGACCACAAUUUAACCCUAACCUAAUCACGGGACAGUUUGCAAUAACCAAUUACUCUACCCGGUAGGUCUUUGGACAAUGGGGGGAAAGCAGAGAAAAUGCACACAUUCCAUGGAGAGGACAUACAGAGACACCGUACAGAGGACAUUGGGAUUGAACUCUGAAGCUCUGAGCUGUAAUAGUGUCACACUAACCACUAUGCACCUUGGGGCCCAUCUGCAAUCUGUCAUUAUUUUCCCUUAUACUACCACAGUACACUGCUGUAAUGAAAUGAUCAGCAAUGACCUUUCACUGAAACUUGGUACAUGUGACAAUUAUUAACAAUUUACCAAUGUAAGUUGGGCAAUCAUAACCAAGGGAUGGCCUGUACUGAGAUCAAUGAUGUUGAAUCUGUUGAUAUUGAUCUGGAGGUUUUUCGGAUGUCAAGAAUGAGGCACAAAGAAUGAACAAAGAAAAAUCAGUUAUGGUCAUCUCAUAUUCAAACUAGAGACUUUAUAUGGAUAAGAUGUAACCUAUGAAAUAGCCAGAUUCAUGUGUCAUGGCACCUGCUGUAGAAAAACUGAGAAGCUUCUAGAAAAUACAAAGUCCGCUCCAGUAUACUACAAUUACUAGAAAAUUUACUUAACAACUAUGCAUUUAUAGGUGAUUCAAGGGCAUCCUUUGGGCAGGUUGACCUUGGAUAUUGAGUCCUAGUUAUUUGGAUAUGCAGGCCAGGCCUGUACGAUACGGAGAGCAAGCUGUUGCCCAUGUAACAAGCUCCCCUUCUCCUCGCAUCUGAUGAACCCAAAGGAAUAUGGCAAAGACCGAUGGAGUUUGGUACCAGCAGCAUCACAUGAGUUGCCAGUCAGCAUUGAACUCAACAUAGGACUGCCUGAUGGACUUCAGCUCUGGACUUUUCCUCCUCAGGGUUUACUCCAGAAGCCUUCCCCAUGAGUGGAUACAGCCGCAAUGCAGCGGAGGUUUGAUAUCAGAGUUUUCUUUCUCCUAGAUGAGCUGCCAACCACGGGUGAUGAGCCCCAUCUGCUUGAAGCGACUGGUUUUAAGAUGCCGGUAACCCACCUUUGCCCCUUCUCCUUUCAGUAGAAACAGUUCCACUAGGCUUAGUAGCUAAGCCACACGUGGAAGCCAGGAGCUGGACUUGGUUGUCAGAGGCUAUUUGAGGUGCAAGCCAUUGGGAGCAUUUAAUAGGUAGUGGAAACUUGUCCCCAUUACCACCCCUGGCUGUAACAACCCCUGGCUGUAACAACCAUAUAUAGGUAGCUAUAUAAACAAUAUAAGCUUUGGUUCAGCACAACAUUGUGGGCCGAAUGGCCAGUUCCUGUACUGUACUGUACUUCCCUAUGUUCUACAAAAAUUACCAAUCCUACAUCCUACUCAAACAGGGUGGUGGUUGUGCCUGUAAUAGACAGAUUGAAGAGGCUGUUUAAGAAGCACAUGGUAACCAUGGUUUUGUGAACGGGGCAUGGAUUAGAAAAACAGGAGAACCCCUGGGUUAAGUGUUGAGGCUGAACAGUUACAUUGAGAAGCUCCACAUUCAUGGUUCACUGUUUACAAACCUGGGGACCACACUUGCUAAACUUGAACCAGAAGCAGCUUGAAUAUCACUGGCAUAUUGUUGUUAUGCAGCAGCAGUGUAUUGCAAUACAUAAUAAUAAAAUCUGUAAAUUACUCCCCUACCCUGACGAAUAGACUGUGACCAUUCACUCUACUUAUGACCCGCAAGAUUGUAUAAACCUUUAUAAGAUCGUCCUUCAGCUUUCUUUACUCCAGGGAAAACAUAAAUACAAGACAUUCCACAGAAUCAGGAAAUCUUGAGCAACACACAGAAGGGAUCUUGGGGUCCGAGUCCAUAGCACGCUCAAAGCUGCUGUGCAGGUUGACUCUGUGGUUAAGAAGGCAUAUGGUGUAUUGGCCUUCAUCAAUCGUAGAAAUGAAUUUAGGAGCCAAGAGGUAACGUUGCAGCUAUAUAAGACCCUGAUCAGACCCAACUUGGAGUACUGUGCUCAGUUCUGGUUCCCUCACUACAGGAAGGAUGUGGAAACUGUAGGAAGGGUGCAGAGGAGAUUUACAAGGAUGUUGCCUGGAUUGGGGAGCAUGCCUUAUGAAAACAGGUUGAGUGAACUCGACCUUUUCUCCUUGGAGUGACAGAGGAUGAGAGGUGCCUGAUAGAGGUGUAUAGGAUGAUGAGAGGCAUUGAUCCUGUGGAUAGUCGGAGGUUUUUCCCCCAGGGCUGAAAUGGUUGCCACAAGAGGGCACAGGUUUAAGAUGCUGGGGAGUAGUACAGAGGAGAUGUCAGGGGUGAGUUUUUUUAUGCAGAGAGCGGUUAGUGUGUGGAAUGGGCUGCCGGCAACAGUGGUGGAGGCUGAUAUGAUAGGGUCUUUUAAGAGACUUUUGGAUAGGAACAUGGAGCUUAGAAAAAUAGAGGGCUAUGGGUAACCGUAGUAAUUUCUGAGAUAGGGAAAUAUUCGGCACAACAUUGUGGGCCGAAGGGCCUGUACUGUGCUGUAGGUUUUCUCUGUUUCUAAAUUCUGAAGGAACUCAGCAGGUCAGGCAGCACCUAUGGAGGAGUAUUCAUUUUGGGGCAAGCCCCUUCAUCAGGACUGGAAAGGAAAGGGGCAGAACCCAGAGUAAGAAAGUGAGGGGAAGUGGAGGAGUUGAAGUGACAGGUGAUAGGUGAGACCAGCUGAUGGGGAUAGUUGGGGAGGGGGAAUGAAGUAAAAUGCUGGGAGGGGAUAUUUAAAAGAGAAAAGGGUUGAAGAAGAAUGAAUCUAAAAGGAGGGGCAGUGAACCAUGGAAUAAAGGAAUGGAAAAGGGGGGUGAUGGCCAGGUAGGAGAAGGUUUGAGAGGGUAACCAGAAUGAGGAAAAAGAGAGAAAAUUGGAGGGGGAGAAAUUAUUGGAAUUCAGAGAAGUCAAUGUUCAUGCCAUCAGGUUGGAGGCUACCAAGAUGGAAUAUAAGAUGUUGCUCCUCCAACCUGAGUUUGGCCUCAUCCUGGCAGUAGAGGAGGCCAUGGAGUGACAUGUCAGAAUGGGGAUGGGAAGUUAAAUUGAAAUAGGUAGCCACCUAUCUAUUUGCCUGUCUUUUGUGAUGGACAGAUAAAGGUGCAAAGAUAAAUCACAUGAAUUUGAACCCAGCUAGCUACAACCACACCAGCCACAUCUGAGUUGCUCUCUUCUUCAGUCCAGAUGAAGAGUCUGGACUGAUGAUGUUGACUGUCCUUUACCUCAACAGAUGCUGUUUGAUGUCCUGGGUUCUUUUGGCAUCUUGUUUGGUUCUCUCUUCACAAUCUGUUAAUCAUUGACAGAAAUAUGUGUGUCUGGUAUUUUUUUUAUUGUCACAUGUACUGGGGUACAGUAGAAAAUGGUCAGCUCAUCCACACUCUAACGAAAGAGUGAAAAUGGAUUCCUCCUUGCUGUAUACUAAAAUGUGUAACACAAAAUUGAAGUUUGUAAGACAAAAUUGUAUCAGCUUGGAAUUUGGUAACAGCCAGGAGAUGUACGUGGAUACAUCCCCUUGAGGCUAGAUAAUAGUGAAGAAUUCUUUCCUCCUUAAAGACCUUAAAGAUGUCGGCUGGUAGCACAGUGACAUCAGCACCGGACGCCAGUACGGAGGUCCCUGGGUUUGAAUCCAGUCGGGCUGUUCCUCAGUAUGCUUUCCAUCUGUGCCAGGUUGAGUGUUGAGCUCGCAAAUUGACCUUGUAAAAUAAAAAGAAAAAUACUGUGAAGUGUCUGUGUGAGGAGUGGCAUGCCACACAGUCCUUCAUUCUGCGGCUUGUAAGGCAUGAAAGUGCCCAAGGCUGGACUCUCAGGCCUGAGUCAACGUCACCAUCAUCAUAAAGACCUCGUGUCUGAUACUAAGUUAUGCACUUUGCCCAAGGUUAUGAGAGAUAAGAUGCUACAGGCUGGUACCACUAAGGGAUGGAAAAGUACUUGAGUAAAAGUUAUGUCAGAUUCCUGAAGGGUAUGAAAAAUGGAGAUUUCUUUGUGCCGGUGUGAACCUUCUCUUAGGCUGGGCCUUGACUAGUACUCAGAGUUAGAGAUGGAAACAAAGGUAUGAUAAGGUGGAUGGUAAGAGUGUCUUUUACCAGAACAGGGGAGUCCAAAACUAGGAGGCAUUUACUUAAGAUGAGAGAGGAAGACUUAAAAAGUGAACUGAGGGGCAGCUUUUCAUAGAGGGUGGUGAGUGUAUUUAAUGAGCUACCAGAGGAAAUGGCUGAGGCAAGUACAAUAGUGUAAAUUAGAAGUACUAGAUAAAUACAUGGAUGGGAGAGGCUUACAGAGAUGCAAUUUAAUGUGGAUAAAAGUGAGGUUAUCCACUUUGGUUGCAAGAACAGGAAAACGGAUUAUUAUCUGAAUGGUGGCCGAUUAGGAAAGGGGAGAUGCAACGAGACCUGGGUGUCAUUGUACACCAGUCAUUGAAGGUGGGCAUGCAGGUACAGCAGGCGGAGAAAAAGGCAAAUGGUAUGUUGGCAUUCAUAGCAAAAGGAUUUGAGUACAGGAGCAGGGAGGUUCUACUGCAGUUGUACAAGGCCUUGGUGAGACUGCACCUAGAGCAUUGUGUGCAGUUUUGGUCCCCUAAUCUGAGGAAAGACAUUCUUGCCAUAGAGGGGUACAAAGAAGGUUCACCAGAUUGAUUCUUGGGAUGGCAGGACUUUCAUAUGAAGAAAGACUGGAUCGACUAGGCUUAUACUCACUGGAAUUUAGAAGAUUGAGGGGGGAUCUUAUUGAAAUGUAUAAAAUUCUAAAGGGAUUGGACAGGCUAGACGCAGGAAGAUUGUUUCCAAUGUUGGGGAAGUCUAGAACAAGGGGUCACAGUUUAAGGAUAAAGGGGAAGCCUUUUAGGACCGGGAUGAGGAAAAACUUCUUCACACAGAGAGUGGUGAAUCUGUGGAACUCUCUGCCACAGGAAACAGUUGAGGCCGGUUCAUUGGCUAUAUUUAAGAGGAAGUUAGAUAUGGCCCUUGUAGCUAAAGGGAUCAGGGGGUAUGGAGAGAAAGCAGGUACAGGGUUCUGAGUUGGAUGAUCAGCCAUGAUCAUACUGAAUGGCGGUGCAGGCUCGAAGGGCCGAAUGGCCUACUCCUGCACCUAUUUUCUAUGUUUCUAUGGAUGUGGGACUAAUGCACGAAAUUGGGACUAGCUGGGUGGACAGGUGGCAGCAUGGACUGGUUGGGCCAUAGGGUCUGUAUCCAUUCCACUGUCAAAGAGAGCAAGAGAGACUGGAGAAGCUGUUGCACCUUGCAGUUCCCUGGGUAGCUUAGUGACUGGUUGAUAAGUUUUAUUUUGUCUCUCUUGGUCCUUUAUUAACUACUUUUCUUGCUUUCUGUAGUUUUUUUCUUUAUAUAACUCUAAUAAAGUAAUUUAUUAUAGCCUUUAAAAUAUGUUUGUGGAUAUCUUGCCUCUGAAUCAUAAAAGAAAAAGAAACGAAUUUUAAAACAUUUUUGUUACACCCACCUACACAGGGGCAAUUAGAUAUUGGUGAUAAAUGCAGGCCUUACUGGCAAAAUCCACAUCCAACGUGAAAUACAAAGGAAGGGUGGUUCCUUUGACAAUAUCCCGUAAUUGUGGGAUCCAUACCCCCAUCUAGUGGCCAAGAACACAAAUGGAAGGAAGAGAAAACCACUUGAGAACAGGUUGCAUGAAUAUGAUAUUGACAAAAAAGAUCUCAUCUUGUUCCCCUGUCAUUUAGAACACAGAACAGCUCAGCUCAGGAACAGGCCCUUCAGCCCACCUCUUUGUGCCUAGCAAAAUGCCAGAUUAAACUGCACAUCAGUCUGCACGUAGAUUCCUAGAGCAAAAGAGUGCAGAUUCAGGCCCUUUAGCCCAAUAAGUCCACACUGCUCACCCAGCUGUGUUCAAUCCUAUCUGGCCUCUCCCCUCCAUGUAUUGAUCCAAGACCUUCCUAAAUGAUACUAUUAUACUUGCCUCACCACUUCCUCUGGCAGCUCAUUCUAUAUACUCAUCACCCUGUGUGUGAAAAAGUUACCAUAAGACCUCAAGGUAUAUGAGCAAAAUUAAGUCAUUUGGCCCAUUGAGACUGCUCUGUCAUUUCAUCAUGGCUGAUCCAUUUCCCCCUCAGCCCCAAUCUCCUGGCUUCCCCCAUAUUCCUUCAUGUCCUAACCAAUAUAGAAUCUAUCAACAUCUGCAUCAAUAUAAAUAAAGACUUGGCCUUCACAGCUGCCUCUGGUAAUGAAUUCCACAUAUUCACCACUUUCUGACUGAAGAAAUUCCUCAUCUUUGUUCUAAAUGUUCGUCCCUCUAUUCUGCUGCUGUGUCCUCUGGUCUUAGACUCCCAUGUAAUAGAAAAUAUCCUCUCCAAAUCUACUCUAUCAUGGCUGUAACUGUCAAAGAGACAUGUUCCAUUGAGAUGUUUAUUUUAUAUGUUUCUGAUAUAAAUUCAUGAUUAUUUGCGUUCAUACAGCCAUAAAAAAAAGAUUAAAAAUGUAAAAAGUAAGAUGUUAAAUCAUUUGUUUAAAACAUAUCACCUUAAAAUAUUGUUUGAUUAAGAAGUUUGUGCUCUUUAUGUAAGGUUUAUUUAAUGUAGAGUGUAAUGGGUCACAUGACCAGAGUUUAAUAAGAGCAUGACUGUGGCAUUAUGGGUCAGAAUCAAUAUGGAGGCAGAGAAAGACAUAUGGCCCUAAAAUAACCUUAUUCUGCAUGUGGUCCAAGAAGCAUACGUGGUAAUUGUUUUAUAUUGUGUAUAAUGUUGUUGAUGUGCCUUUACAUGGACAGUGUGAUAUGUUUUUAGUGAUCUUAUUUGAUUUCAGCACACUUCUGUUGUGCUGAUGUGUUUUGGGCCUGUUUAUCAUUGGACACUAGAUUGAGAGACUUGAAAAGACUGAGAGAUGUUUGCUUCAAACCUAUUAUGUCCUUUAUUUACUUGUAGUUUUCACGGUGUCUGCUGAAGAAAGAGAGAGAGAAAAAUAAAUCUUCAAGGACA